AUGGCUUCGCUACCGAGAGGAGCAAUCGAAAAGCUGAUGCGUGAGGCGGUGGGUGACGAUGUAAUGAUCUCGAAAGAGACGAUCGAUUGGGUCAACGAGUGCGCAGGCGAGUUUCUGCAGCUGAUUGGACAAGAGGCUAAUACUGUUGCAGAAACAGCAGCUACAAAGGAAAACUACCGCAUUUCACACGAGCACGUGAUUAUUGCGCUCGAGAACCUUGAGAUGCAGCGCUAUGCUGAUGAAAUCAAAGAUCUGCAAAGCUCAAUGGAGCUUGCAACACAGAAGAAAAAAGAGCGAACAGCUUUGCGGAAAAUGGCAACACAAUCUGCCUCACGCGACGAGUUGUUGGCUGAACAGACGGCAUUGUUCAAACAAGCAUCGUUGAAGGCGACGAGAGAGGGAUGGUAA